UCAGAAAACAGAUCCAUGAGAUCACAUGAGCUUUAAUCGUUGGACUAUUUCCGCAUUGGCUCAGACAGUGAAUGGAGGAGCUGUGAGUUGAGUACUAUUAAUUUGUUUUAACGUGUCGCAACGCCUUGGAUCGAGCUGGGGGGAACAUCGGGCAGAAGGAGACGCACGGAGACGCGGCGCUCCGCAGACAUGCUCACUCGCGUCAAAUCCGCCGUGGCUAGCUUCAUGGGGGGAAUCAUGGCCGGAUCUUCUAAUAAUAAUAAUGAACGCUCGGGUGGCUCGGACCUGCCGCUUAAAUACCCCUACAUGAGACCCAAGUUUCUGGGACUGUCGGCAGAUGAGAUAGAGUGCUCGGCGGAUCACAUCGCGAGACCUAUCCUGAUCCUAAAAGAGACUCGCAGGUUGCCGUGGGCGACGGGAUACGCCGAGGUGAUAAAUGCAGGUAAGAGUGCACUGAAUGAGGACCAAGCUUGCUGCGAGGUUGUACUGGUUAAGAAGAAACCUAUAGGAUCCUUGACACCCAGAAAGCUGGCUGCAAGUAGAAGGAGGUCAUCUAUUCUGAAUAGCGAUGGUGUGGGCAUGUUGGAAAAUAAUAACACCACAGGCAUUCCCAUGCACUUCUGGGGAGUGUUUGAUGGACACGCCGGCUCUGGAGCUGCUCUCAUGGCAUCCAAACUUCUCCAGCGUAUGAUCCUUGAACGACUUUGUGACGUGUGUCAUCUUCUCGAAAAUCAAAACAACCCUCCGCCUAUCUGUCUGGCUAAGAACGGGAGCCCCUUCCAGGCUGAGGCAAAGAAAGGGGCUUGCCUAGAUGGAGAAGAGCAGGAUGGGCUUCUGGAUGAGCCGCGGUUCCACAUGGAGAAAGAUAUCAGCGUGGAGAGCCUGGUGAUGGGGAUCAUAGAGACCGCCUUCAGAGACAUGGACGACAAAAUAGAGAAGGAGAAGGAAUCUUACAGCAUCUCUGGCGGCUGUUGUGCCUUGAUUGCAAUUCACUUGUUGGGGAAACUCUACGUAGCAAAUGCUGGAGACAGCAGAGCCAUAAUUGUCCGAAACAAUGAGGUCAUCCCAAUGUCCAAUGAGUUCACACCAGAAAGUGAAAGGCAGCGGCUACAGUACCUGGGCUUCCUCAAACCGGAGCUGCUUGGAAAUGAGUUUACACAUAUUGAAUUCCCCAGACGUAUCCAACACAACGAACUCGGCAAGAAGAUGCUUUUUAGAGACCACACAAUGACUGGCUGGGCAUAUAAGACAAUUGUCGAAGACGAUCUCAAGUUCCCGUUGAUUUAUGGGGAGGGGAAAAAGGCUCGAGUCAUGGCUACUAUUGGAGUAACGCGUGGUUUAGGGGAUCAUGAUUUGAAAGUGUACAACUCCAACAUUCAUAUCAAACCUUUCCUAUCCUGCUGCCCAGAAGUCAAAGUGUACAACAUCUCUGAGCACAAACACGGAGCUGAUGAUGUACUGAUCAUGGGUAGUGAUGGACUAUGGGACGUUACAACUGACAGAGAUGUUGCUGACGCAGUAACGACUUUCUUGUCUGGUCGUGAGCCCAAUGAUCCCUUAAGGUACACUUCAGCAGCACAAGACCUCCUGAUGCGCUCGCGCGGAGUCCUGAAGGAGCGAGGCUGGCGGCUGCCCAAUGAGAGACUUGGCUCCGGUGAUGACAUCACCGUGUUUGUCAUUCCAUUGGCCGGGGCAGAGUUAGAAACAUGACCGGGUCGGUCCACCUUCACUGGACAAGCACACCAGGACACGUCCCUGGCUCCAUCCCAGAGAAAGGGCUAGGAAAUCCAAGAAAUCCAUUUUCAAUCCGUCAGAAGGCUCGGAUACGAGAGACGUUACAUGCAACUUCCCCUUGUCCUCCUCCUCCUCCUCCUCCUCCUCGUCGUUCCAUGAAUAUCGUCAAGCCCAUGUCAGGUGUGAGGUGACAUCAUCAAGUGCCAUUCCUCUCGCUCUCCGUUUCCUUUCUGAUUUGUCGAACGCACCUCUGCAAGUCAGUACGGGAUGGUAGGGCUCGUAUCCCUUGAGUAUUCUUUAACAUCGGUGGGUCGUUUCAAUCUCAAUCUCGGUGUGGCAUAAGGAAAAAGCCAAUACUGCUAAAACAUCAGCCCCGAUGGCAAGAGAAAUAAAAACCGAAGCACUUUAUAUGUAGCAGAAUCCAUUUGAGCUGUAAUUCAACUGCUUAUUAUAUUUCUUAACUGUUCUCGGACUGUCUCCAAAGAAUGUUUCCUUCGACUGAAUAUAAGGUUUUCUAUAGCAAGAUGCAAUCAACGACAAAAAAAAAAACGAUGGGCAUUUCCUGCGAAUGCUGAGGUUUUUGUUCAUUUCAGCUGUUUCGGGUUCAAACGGGCAUCCUUUUAAAUGGAAGCAAUGCAAACGUCUAUAUUCUGGAACUCGUAUAAAAUAUAGUUCUGUAGAACUAGGCUCAUUUUCCCUAGACCUAUCAAUAAGCCAUGUACAAAUAACCCAAAACAUCCAGUACAGCGCAAGUCAUUGACAUCGCCGGGCUUUUCAUUCACAACCGAACUGAUUGCUUGAACUGCUGUAGAUUUGAACAUCGUAGCUGAAUGGCCUGUUUAUUUUGCUGUAGAUAAAACCUGAUUUGGUCUGAAACCGUGUCAGUGAAGAAUCUCAAAUCCAACAACCAUUUAGAUCAAAACCUGAAACUGAGAAACCUGGAAUUAGUUUCGUCAGUCAUUGGUCUUUUUGUAAACCUUGAAUGUACCUGAAAUCCUUUAUUUGAUGUCAGUGUUGUGUCUGUGGAGUACAUAGUAAAUAUAUAUUGAUUUCUGACUUUCGAAUGAUGAUUCAUUGUCAAAGGAUUACUCUUUGCAAAUUAUGUGACUAAUUCUAAAUAAAUCUAUCCUUUUUAUAA